CAGCGAGUGGCAGGAGGCGGAGAGCGAGCAGGAAGCCACCAACGGCAAACUAGCAGCGGCACAACCAAGCUGACAGGCGGGGUGCAGGCACCUAGGCGUUACCGGCCUCAGGGGGAGGACGCACCUUGCGCGACACCGUGCCGCGAGGGCUGAGGUCAGGGGGGGAGAACCUGUCUCUUACAGGACACACGCAGGGGGCAGUGAGGGAUGCAUCAUGGCUCCGGUGGGGGCAGGCGUGGCGAGCUGGGCCACCUCAGGAUCAUCCUCUCCAGAGGUCACCUUCGUUUCUUCCAUUCUCUUCCUCAUCCUCAUGGUCACUCUUCUCGCGAUCUGUACUCACUGCAACAGACAGUCAUUCGAUCUUCAGCACAUUGCUAAAGAAGAAAAAUCAUCCAUACUGAUACGUAUGGUCCGACUGGAGGAGGUUCCUGGAACCAGAGAGAACCCCCGCAUUGAUGACAUCACAAAGGAUGAAAAAGUGUUCAGCCCUACACCUGAAAAGGAAAUACCCCAUGAUUCCUCUCUGCCUGGGGAUAUGUGGUACAAGCAAUGGAGAACACACACAGGAGCACUCCACCAACAAGGUGAUAUCAACUCAGGGCUGAACCACACCACUCUAAGGGACCCUGGUGUCCUGGCUGGUCCGAAAAUCCAGGUGAUGCCUGCAAUAAUGGUAACCCAACAGACUGAAGUGGCACUGGAUCUGCAGAUGGCCCCUCCCGUGACUUUGAGCCCUACCCAGUAUACCCAGAGGUGGAAGGACAACUCACUUAGUCAUUCAGAGAGUCUCACCAGCGUACAUCAUAUUAACCAUAUUAGUGAGUUCUCCCAAAAUCCUAAUGAUUCACUGCAGUGGCCUCAGGACCAAGACCAGCAUGACUAUGAGAGCCUGGAAGAUGUCAGGCAAGCUACCUCAGAGCUCUCUCCCACAACUGUCACUUCUCUAGAGGAGGAGCUAGAGGACCCUGCAUACAAGACCAUAGAGGAGCUGUCAGAGUCUGACUGCCCCCUGACCCCGCCCCUUCAUCGGUCGCAACCACUUGAGGGUGGGCCACAUCUUCUAGCCCCGCCCACUGUUGAGGGGCUGGGGGAGGAUUUGAGUGGCAGGAGUUUAAAUGUUGUGUAUGCUAAGGUGAAAAGGAAGAGCAAGAACCUGGAGCAAACGGAGGAGCCCCCUCCCCCACCAUCAAACCAACCCCCAGAAGUGGAGGAAGAAAAGGAGGAGGAGGAGGAGAAGGAGGAAUCGCCUCCACCCAUCCCAAAGAGGGGCUUUGAACUGGAUGAUGUCUUCUCUACACCGCAGAUUAACAUUCAGGAAGUUCAACAAAACCAGCAGCACUGACUGACGUGACUUUUGCAGAACUCCAUGUUCCUGUCAGGCUAUGUCUUGUUCAUUCCAUGUGCCAGUUCUGUUGUCUUUAAUUCUUGCCUGUAAAGAUGUUCAGUGAGGCCUGGCGAGAACAGGAAGCAAUGUGAAUAAUCUUUCAGAGAUCUAAGGAAAAAUGUCUCAGAACCCCAGUCCACUGAUUCUCUUCUUUCUUCCUGUACAGUACAGUGGACCACCAUGACUCAUAGUCCCUGUCUUCUUAACAAGAUGGACAAUUGUAUUUUGCCCUAUGGAAAUAAGAAUUACAUGAUUACAUUAAAUAAAUAGCUAGUAGCUCCUAGUCCUGGUGAGUAAUAAUCUAACUUGUUACAGGCCAAUCUGGUUCAGAUGAGGUGAUUUACAGAUGGAGAAACAUUGAACAUUUAUUUGGUCCAUGACAACAAAACUACAUAAUGUGACCAAUUUAAGAGAUUAGAGACAAAAUCAAACUCCUUUGAAACUGAUUGUGUUCAAAGCUGAGUGUUUAGGUUUGGCCAAUCAUUGUUUUAGCGGUCAAUACUGGAAGGAGGACAGAGUAAGUCAUCUUUUUUUCUGGUAGGCUUGACAAAAAGUAAAUUAAAUCACAGUGUCAGAUCAAUUCCUCUGCUUUCAAAACUGAAGGGGAACAAAAUUAGUUGGAUUUCUUGCCAGUCUUGAGGUGAAACCUUGCCAUGUGUGCCCUACAUUUUCAAUCAGUUCGGAAAAGGGAAAUAUAUAAUGUGUGACUUUGUUUUAUCAUAACAGACACACUCUGCAUCUGUGUACACCUUUAAGUCCCAUCUUAAAAUAUACUUUUGAAAAUACAGUAGCUUGAUGUCUUUUAUUGAUCUUAUUUGUUUUAUAUAUCAAAUUA